UUAGCAUUCUGAAAAUAUAAACAUUAUUUAAAUAUUUGCUCUUUUCCGCAGUAUUGUAUCAUUUCAGAUAAUUUCUUUUGGAGAUAAUGAAAUUGAAAAUAAAGUUUUGGCUAUUGUGGAGAACAUCAAAGUUAUGGCCUAAUUGUUAAUGGAAUUAUUCAUUCAUAAGGUCUUGGCCAUGCUGACGGUUCACUGAAAAUCUUGUGGUUUAUGAAAAGACUUGUGAAGGACACAAUACUUUUGAAGUUAGCGAAGAAUUCCUGAUGAUUAUUUGUGUAGCUAUCAAUACAAAUUGUCUUAUGUGUCAUUUAAUAUCCGAAUAUUGACAUUUGUAAUCGUCUCAGUGUUGACGCUGAAGUUGGAUUUAAAAUUCGUGUUGUAACAUUUGCUUGACCUCACAGGUUUAUAGCUUAAAAAAGGUCAUUGGAGUUGUUUUUCAAUCAUACUACCAUGUGUGUUGUAAAUAUUGUUUGAAAUGUUUGAUGAAUUAUAGAUGAUCAAGGUUAUAUUUCAGAAGCAUUUAUGUUGAACUAUCCUGCGUAAUGAAAAUGGGGAAUUUUAUGACGACUUUUACUGCCAGUGUUCAAUUGUGUUUGCAGAAAUAGAUAAAAGACCUCUUGGCGACAACAAUAGUGGACAAUUUCAGAGAUUAAAUAAAUAAAUAAAGUAUAGCGAAACCUUUUGUGAAAGAGAAAAGUAAAAGAUAUUUUACAUUUUAUCUAUGAAUGGUAGUGAUUAAAGUAAUUUACAUCGCACAUUUAUGGUGUGCCAAAAGCGUUCCUGCAGUUGACAUUUAUUUCAAGUAGUUUUAUCAGCCCGAUAUUUUCAGAAGGACCUGGUACCAGAGAAACUACUUUAGUGCUUUGGAUUAUGUUAAGUUCUUUAUUUUAACUUAUUUUGAAUAGUCGAAAACCUGGUACCAGAGAAACUACUUUAGUGCUAUGGAUUAUGUUAAGUUCUUAAUUUUAACUUAUUUUGAAUAGUUAUGGUUAUAUAUCUAAGCCAGUCUUUGACUUUACUGAGAUUAACCUUUAACAAAUAUGAACUGGGCAGAAUGGAUUAAUCUUUUCAACAGUUGAGUGUAUUUGUUAUUUAAAAUCCUGAAUUGAGUGCUGAUUGAUUACCGAGGGGAUUAGAACAAAUAGGAAUAAGUUUAACUUUAUACAAGCUGUUUCAAUUCAAUAUGGAUAUAUGGGAAAAAUUGGUGCUGAUAUUAUACAUUGUGUUAUUUUGGUACACCUUGCUGAGAUAAUUAUGCAAUAUUCAGAUUAUUUUGAAGUAAAAGAAUGGGGGAAAGGACAAAAUGUCACCAAAAAACUUGAGAUCUAUGUAUCUGUGAGGACAUGACCCAUAACUGGUGAAGUGAUUGAAGGAGUUAUCAUUUUGACUAUGCCAAGCAUGGUUCACUCUGCGGACAAAAAUGAGCCGGAACGUCCACCGAGUAUGGACACGGUCCCCAAGCUUCCGCAGCUGGCCUGCGCUCAGCCACAGGCAUAUUCGGCAAAUCCAUACGAGAUUGAUCUCUCCUUUAGAAAUGUUGAUAUCAUGACUUUUCAACAGCAGAGUAGACGGCGUAACCAGGGUUACCGGAGCACAUUCCAGACAUACGCAGAGUGGGAGAAAAACUACAUUGUGUCCCAGUCAGAGAGCUCUGAGUGCGAUUCGGAAGAUUCAGAUGAUAAAAAAGACAAUGUAUUGCGGGACCAGAUACAGAGGACCACACAGCUUGUGUUUGUGGAGAAGGAAGGAAAGGGAAUGGUUCCUAAACUCAAGGAUCCAAUCAACCUCUUUCCCAAGGAGCUUGGUCCUCAGCAAGCUGCAAGAUGGCCUGCUGAUAUUCAAGUGAUAGAGAAGAAGAUCAAGCACAUUCCCUAUGUUCCUCAAGAGCCCGAGCCCUUCUACAAACUAACUGGUACAGAGAAGACGCCGAUGGUUCGAGGGGAGGACCGGGGAGGAAGGCUUGUCUAUAUGUACGAGCCUCGCAGCACAUUUUUUGUUCGUUCCCGUGUUGGUGGUAUCAAGGCAGGGCCAGAACAGUGUGCCAUCAGUAUAGACCGGUCCCAGGACGAUACAACACUGAUAUUUGAAUCCCGCUUUGAAAGUGGAAACCUUGCCAGGGCUGUUCAAGUUUCAGAGUUUGAGUACGAGCUACAGCUGCGUUAUGACCUGUACACAUCCAAGCACACCCAGUGGUUCUACUUCUCUGUGUCCAACACACGACCAAACAAACAAUACAGAUUCACCAUCAUCAACUUCAUGAAGCCUGACAGCCUGUACAACUAUGGCAUGAAGCCGGUGCAGUACAGUGAGAAGGAUGCCCUGAAGAAGAUUGGCUGGCGGAGACACGGUGUCGGCAUUAAGUACUACAAGAACAAUACCAAGUACGAGACUUCAAAGGGAGACAAAUCUUUCUACUCCCUGACAUGGACCACGGAGUUCAACCAUUCUAACGACACCGUGUAUCUUGCUCACUGUUUCCCAUAUACAUACACAGACCUACAGGAUUACUUGUUAGACUUGCAAAAUGACCCUAUCAAAUCUAAGAUUUGUAAACAACGAGUGCUGUGUAGAACUUUAGCUGGAAAUCUAGUCUAUUUAUUAACAAUUACUUCGCCAUCAGCUAAUCCAGAGGAUAUGAAACACAAGAAGGCUGUAGUGCUGACAGCGCGUGUCCACCCGGGUGAGAGCAACUCUAGCUGGAUGAUGAAGGGAUUCCUCGACUACCUCACAGGCAACUCCGCUGACAGCAAGUUGUUGCGAGACACUUUCAUCUUCAAGAUUGUGCCCAUGUUGAACCCUGAUGGUGUGAUAGUGGGCAACUACCGGUGCUCCCUGGCAGGCCGAGAUCUCAACCGCAACUACAAGACGGUGCUUAAAGAUGCCUACCCCACUGUCUGGCACACCAAGCAGAUGAUACGAAGGUUGUUACAGGAGCGAGAAAUUGUGGCCUACUGUGACCUACAUGGGCACAGCCGCCGCCAAAAUGUGUUCAUCUACGGCUGUGAAAACAGGCACAAUGCAGAGAAACGCCUCCGGGAACGCAUCUUCCCCUGUAUGCUCGACAAAAACUCUCCUGAUAAGUUCACCUUUGAUGCAUGCAAGUUCAAGGUACAGAAGAGUAAGGAGGGAACGGGGAGAAUUGUUAUGUGGAAUAUGGGCAUCCUUAACUCUUACACCAUGGAGGCUACAUUCUGUGGUUCAACCCUUGGUAAAAAGAAAGGUUUACAUUUCACAACUCGUGACUUUGAGGAAAUGGGGUAUGAUUUCUGUGACACGCUGCUGGACUACUGCGACCCAGAUAAUACAAAGUCUGCGAAUGUUUUGUAUGAUUUGGAGGAGAAUCUGAAGCAAGAGAUCCGCAAGAAGCUGGAAUUGCGUGGCGUUCAUGUGGAGAAUGUUGACCUCAAUGAUGACCUCUCCUCAUAUGAACUGGAGUCCAGUGAUGGGGGUUCUGACAGUUCAAUAUCUGAUGGUCCUCCAGUGCAUCUUCAGUUCCAGUCCACAAGGGAAGAUAAAGGAACAUCCAUGGAUGGCUGUCUGGUUCCUAAAAAGAAGAAGAAGCUGAAGACUCGCAAGGAGCGUGACAAGGUGAAGGAGAGUGGCAAGGAUGUGGGCAAGAAGGGGGACAAGGAGAAACAGGUCCUGGAGGACUCUUCUGGCCAACGCAAACCCCUCAGUGGCCACCAAACUGCUCAUGCUAAACAAGAAAAGAACGCCCAGGUGCGCUACAUGCAGGGCUCACCCAAACGGCCCAAGUCCCAGGAUGAGCGAGCCCAGGUGGAGGCUCGGGAGGGGCGGGGUAGCGCCCAAGGGCCCCGAGAUAACCCCGACCUUGAGCACCAGCAGAAACGGCCUCGCAAGUUAUUGGAGACGGCAAAAUGCGAUGCCGAGGACACUCAGGCCCUCGCUGUGAGCCUAAACAGUAGUAGUAAUUCAGAGUUACAGCCUCAAAUGAGCACGCUGUCAACUACUGCCAGGAAUGACUACCUGGAGCAGUUGACCUCGGAGUACAUCCGUAAGGGCAUCAUGCAAAAACAACAUGAAACAAUGGCAAGGCGCUUACAUGGAAAAGCACCUGCACAUUUGCGCUAUUCAGGGACAGCACCAGGUCGAACCCCCCAGGGGUCGGGAUUUAGCAUGGAGGGGCUGUGUCCCCACCAUGAACAGGCAUUUGCCGCACAGCUAAUGGCACAACAGCUGCAGAACAUGACUGGAGUUGUAGGUAACUCAUUUGUGCGUGUGUGGAAAGAUUAUCUGCGGAAACAUAAGGCGCCCCCGAAGCUGCAACACCUACAGCUGGAAGACCUGGUACGAGGGCAGGCCGGGAUUGGUGGUGGGGGAGGGGUCAGUCCCACCCCAGGGUCAGCGGCCCAGACAGAGCGUCGACACAGUAGACACCUGAUUGAGGUUUCUGAGGACAGGAAACGACAGGAGAUGCUUCAACAGCAACGCAGACCAGAGAAGAGUGCCUCGAAGACUCACAGUGAUGAAAAACUUGGUGGUUUAUCCAGUCGGUUGAAGGCCCAGAUCCCUUCAGCAACAUUUGUGAACUAUGACACAUUUAAGAUUUCCCAGAUGAACAUCGACAGUGCUGAGCGACAGGAGGAGUUCACACGCUCGGAGGAACUCAAUGGAAAAGAAUAUAUGUAUCGAGUACAUUUACAAAACCUACACUGGCAAGAUAUUGUGGAUGAAGCAGGAAAGAGGGAGGGACAGAAUAAAGGACACAGGCACAGUGGACGCAAGAGUCGUAUGGGCAUGCAUGAUUCAGAGGAAGAGGAGGAGUUGGAAACGAGAGAGGGGCCGGACUACGUGCAGGACCCCCAUCUCCACCGACCACCACGUGUCAAAUCCGCACGCACAGGAGGAGAAGACAUGAAUAGUGCAAUACAGAGCAUCAAAGAUCUACGCCAGUCUCUCGCUACAUCUGCCGCAUCUAACACAAACCUCAGCCCUACUGCUGGGAACUACAUCAAGAAAUUGCUGAAACAGGAGCUGAGACAGACAGAUGAGGACAUUGGUGAAAUCACUGCCCGCCUUCAACGUAACAUAGACAAAAAACAAGAACAGUAUGAUGAGAUGCUACACCACCAGCAGCAACAGCAGCAGCCACAGGGUAGUGCUGUCAACACUUCUCAAGGUCAGGCCAACCCCCGGCCAGUACCUGACCAAAACCCUAAACCUCCAGACCCCAGGGUCAGGGCUGAUAAGAAAGAGACCAUUAAAAAGGAUGUGCCAAAGUCAGAACGGAGAGAACCAACAGUACUUAAGGGUGCUACAAAAUCCAUGACAAAUUUGAAUGGAAAUGCUGUAAAUGAGGGAGCAAUGCUUAAUAGUAAACUGGUCGAUACUUACCAUAUCCCAGACUCCAACCACUCUCAGGGUCAUAAACAAGACGGUUUCAGGGGAGGUAAACUAGAGACAGAUUAUGGACAGCCAAAACAAGUGAAAAAUGGCAUCAGCUAUAGUUCAGCCACUGACCUGGCUCAGCCCCAGUUUUACCAGAAUGAGCCGGUGACCAGGAUGAUACGCCAGGGAGUGAAUGGUGUGCCUCGGAGUGCAAGUAGCAGCAGUAGUCGGGAGGAGAGUGAGCCUCGCAGUGUUAGCACCACUCUUGACAAGAAUGACAGGGACAGAAAUGAGAAUGUACAAAGGGUAAAGUCAGCUAAAAAUAGCAGUCGACAGGUUGUAGAAACCAUUCCAACAAAAAUCUCACUAAUGAUAACACACGACCAUGAUGACAGAUCUUUCGCGGGGAACCAGUUUCUGCCUCUCACCCGCACGUUACGAGGGCCGUUCAACAAGUCUGCCAACCUGCCUUCAAAAAGGAAAUAAAGUUGGCCGUCAUUAACAUUAUGUGAUAGUGCUUCAUUUUCUCAAAGUUGGAGGCUCAUUCUCACAAUUCAACAUUAGGUAUAACACAUUUUAGCUAUUGAAGUGAAGCCAACAUGCCAGUGUGGUGUUUUUAUGUUGUAUUUAAACAAUUAAUGAACUACUCCAGUUGAUAACUGCUAAAUACAUCUGUGAUAUAUGUCUUAAUUCAUUCCAUUUAAGCUCAUUUUUAAAUUAAUGAUAGUACCUUUAAAGUUCUUUUAAACUUUCUUUGACCUCUGGGAAACCCUGACAGUCAUACAUUUAUGCAGAAACUGUUUUUCAUCAAUCAAUUAAAAUACAAAAUGUAUGCUGCCAGUGAUCUAGUGCAUUUCAAUGAUGCUCAUAGUUAUUUUUUAUAAAAUGUUUUUUUAACAUGUGAUGUUAUUUGGUUGUUCUUUUAUCAUCCAGUAUGUAGUUGUAUUAGUUUUUUUAAAUGUAUAAAACUGUGAUAUCAUUAUUUUGUUACCUACAUGUAAACGUACAUUAUGUAUGCUGUUUCCGUCCAAGUUACUUAUUUGUUUUUUAUACAAUAUGUCAUAGAAAUCUUGUCCUAGCUGAAACUGAAGAUGGAUGAUCACUUACACACUUUUGAGCAUUACAUAGUAAUGUUAUUGGCAUUCAACAUUUUCCAUGUACUGCUCAGAUUCUGUAAAUAUCUAUUUUAUUUUUCUGACUGCAGGAAAGAAUAUAGGAAGAGCUGUCAUGUAAUUUUUAAAAAGAAAACCUUUAACAUACAUUUUUAACAAGAUACUUUCAAAAAGUCUGGGACAUUGUUCAUGCCUGUUAAGUCAGCAGACCCAAGCAUUACAAGUUUGCUUGUAUUUUGUAAAUUGUUCUCAAUAAGUGGAAUGACAUGCUCCUGUUGAAGGGUAGAAGGUAAGGUGCUCAAUGCACAAACAAGCUUGUCAUUACAUCCAGUCAUAGGUACCUGUACUAACUUUAAAUGUUGAAACCUGGUGACCCCAUGUAAUUUGGGUACCAUUAUUAGGGUAUCAUGAAUUAAUUACAAAAAUAGUGCAGUUAAAUUUUUAGUCUUUAUUUAAAUUAAAAAUGGGUCUAUUUUGCAUUCUUUAAAGCCGCCCCCCCCCCAAAAAAAAAAAUCAAUAAAUAAAAAUAUUGUGUUUCAAAUAUAUUUUUAGCUAUAAUUUAUACAAAAAAAAUGAUUCAUAUAUGUCAUUCAAUAAAACCAAAAUAGUAUGAGGUCUCCAGGCUGCAAACAUUCACAUUCUUUUACUUUGGAUACUUAAUGAAUUGGAUGCAGUAUGAAAUAUUCAACAACAGUACUGGAGUUGUUUCAAUGGUUUUAACAAUACUCUAUUGUGGGAUUAAUUUAAAGGACAUGUAGUUUGAAUGCCAUUUUAAUUUGUUCAUCAAUUAUAAUAUUUAAUAUAAUUAUUUUGUUGUUUGUUUAUGUUUAACAUAACUAUAUUAAAUAUGAAAAUUAAAAUAAAUUCUAAAGCUGU